AUGCACCGCGCCACCGCUGGGCAAAUCGAAGCGGGCAGAGCCAUAGACCGGAAGUGUUCAUGUGUUGUCAAAGAGAAGCUGCAUGUGUUUAGUCGACAAUCUGUGGGACGCUUAAAAGCAAGGGUGUAUCUGUCCUGAAACGUGCCUGUCGGAAAGAUGUCAGCCCAGGAGGUGCGUCUGUGUGGUCUCCUGCUGCAGGAGCACUUUGGUGAAGUGGUGGAGAAAGUGGGAACACAUCUGCUCAAAAGCGGAGCACAGAAUUUAAGAAUGCUCAUUCAUGAGACUGGCAUCUCACUGGACCUGGUGAAGAAAUCCCUGUGUGUGCUGGUGCAGCAUGGGGCCUGUGUGUUUACCUCAGGCCGUAAAGGACCUGGGAGUCCCACAGAGUAUCGUACCGGCUGUGACAGGAUUCUGAGAAUUCUGCGAUACCCGCGCUACAUCUACACUGCCAAAACCCUGUACGGUGACACCGGAGAACUAAUUAUAGAGGAAUUACUACAGAGAGGUCACAUGACCAUGAGCAGCACUGUUAAGACGGUCGCCGACCGCCUCACGCAGAACAUGGAGGAGGGUCGCAGUAUGGAUUACAAUGAAGUGUCUAAUGCCUUCUCCAAACUGGUGGAGACACAUUUUCUUCAGCGCUGCCCUCCAAUGGUGAAAGCUAGACCAAAAGACAGUGCCACUCCAGCUGCCCCUUUAAUUCCUGGUGCUCCUGCUGCCCCCGUUAGCACCCCUCUGCCCACACCAGAGAGCUUCCCCGACUGUUACAAAGUGCCCCAUGUGACGCUCGCAGGGCGAGGCAAACGCCAACUCUCCAGUGAGGAUGGAGACGACCAAAAGAAUGCAAAGAAGGCUAAAAUGGAUUCACAGACACAUGGUGAUGAGGGGAUUUGCUGGCAGGUGAAUUUUGAGAGGUUCCAUCUCCACUUCAGAGACCAGGCCAUCAUCAGUGCUGUAGCCAACAAACUGGACCAGACUAGCAGUGAGAUAGUGAGGACUAUGCUGAGGAUGAGUGAGGUGACGACCUCGCCCACAGCCACCUGCACAAAGCCGCUCUCAGCCAACGAGAUCUUCAGAUCCCUGCCGACCAGCUACAACAUCCUCAGGCCCAUCUUAGACCAGUACCUAACACUACUGGUUGAUGACCCGAUGGAGUUUGUGGGGAAGGCUGGUGAAAGUGGAGGCGGGAUGUACGUUGUCAAUAUGCACAGAGCGCUGGCCAACCUGGCACGGGCCACGCUUGAGUCUGUAGUACAGGAGAGAUUUGGCUCCCGAUCAGCGCGCAUCUUCCGUCUGUUGCUAAGGAAACGUCACCUGGAGCAGAAGCAGGUGGAGGAUUUUGCCAUGAUUCCAGCCAAAGAGGCUAAAGACAUGCUCUACACGCUGCUUUCACAGAACCUGGUCCAGCUACAGGAAAUCCCAAAGACUCCGGACUACGCUCCCUCUCGUACUUUCUAUCUUUACACCGUCAACCAGCUCCCAACUGCAAGAAUGCUGCUUCAGAACUGCUACAAGACAGUAGCCAACCUCAUAGAGCGACGCCUGUAUGAGUCCAAAGAGAGCAAGCGUCUACUGGAGAAAUCCCAGCGAAUCGAAGCCAUUCUGGCAUCUCUGCAGGCCAGCGGGGCCGAGCCUGAGCAGCUGACGGAGGUUGAGGAGAUGAUCACUGCUCCUGAAAAGCAACAGCUGGAGGCCUUACGGCUUCAUAUCAACAAGUUAGAUUCAGCAGAGAACCAGGUAGAUGAAACCAUCUUUCUUAUAGAGUCCUACGUCAGCUCCACCGCAUCCACAAGUUGAGAGAAUUCACUCACACAUAAUACGUUUGAAGGUUUUUGUAUUCAUGUAUGAAUGCUGUAUGGCUGUUUUUAUAGUUUAUAUGACUGGACUGACUCAGUUUGAAGUGCAGUAAAACCUGAAUAGAUUUCUUUGCUUUGCUUUAUUUCACGCAUCGGCAAAUUAAUAAACUGAACGCGAGUAUUUCUUUUCAAAAGUUUUAAUUUCAUUGAAGAUCAAACACAAAACUGUAAGACAAACAUAGGACAGAGUGAUCGUUUGAAAUGUAAAACAUGAAGAUGUCUGUAUAUUAAAUAGAAGAAUUGUGGUUUAA